AUGCAAGAUUUGUAUAAAGUAAAGGAGGUCCUAGCCUAUCUGCUCAAUUUCGAGUUGAUCUUCUUCUCGUCCAUCUUCGCCACCAUAGUCUUCUUGGUUGGCUUGUUUACUACAGGUGAGCAUCACGUUUUGAAGGCACAACUUCUUGGAGUUCUGUUCUUUGAUUCAGGGAAGGAUGAUUUGGAUUAUUACAAAGGAGCCACAAUAGUAUCUGACUUACUUAGCGCUGUCUCUUACUUUUAUACGCUUCGCAAAGAGAAAGGAACAGCUACGAGACCACCAGCUAGUUGA